CCAACUUCAAAUUGGACAUGAAGGAAACGGAAGGCAGAGCUGUAAAUGGGGAAAAUAUGAGAAACAUUCCAAGCAUCCAAUCACAGAAAAGAAAACGCGCAUCUCCUUCGCCGGAGGUAGAGUCAGAAGAGGAUGGCGAUGACUGGUACGAAAUUGACUACAUUGCCGAUUCGCGAAUUAUCAGAAGAAAAGGACGCCAAAUCUUACAGUAUCUCAUCCACUGGGCCGGUUAUGCUGUGCACGAGAGAACGUGGGAGGACGAGGAUGGUAUUGGAGGAGAAAACUGUUCACUCGUUCAAGAAUUUUACCAAAAGAAUCCUGGAAAACCAAGGCUUUUGCCCCCUCCCGUCAGAAAAGAAGUCAAAUUAGCGCGCAAGGUAGAGGUCGUCAUCACUACGCGGAGGAUCGACGGAAAGAGCAGCGCCACUUACUCAACAGGCCAGCCAUCCCCUCAUCGCUCAAGCAUAACAAGUCCCCAAGCGAAUAGCAUUGGUGAGGAAGAUCCCAAUUCAUUCCCUACAAGACGCCCUGUUCGAUCUACUGUCUCAAAAACAGCCAAGCGAUCGUCUCUAAGAAAAUUGCAUCCGAACAAAAAGCGUAAGACGUCUAGCGACGAUGAAAGCGACUUUGUCUUUGAAGGUGGUGAAUGGGACGAGGACGAUGACGGUGAUGUGCAUUUCAGAUCAGAUGAAGAUAGCGAACAGGAAAGAUCUGCGGAAGAGCCUGAAAGCGAUGAGGAAAUAAUAAAAUCUGCGAAGAAGGCAAGAACUUCUUUGCCCAAGGCAAAAUUACGCCCCAAACCAGCGAAUCUUGGUAGUUUCGUCACAGGUGUGAGACCCCUCGGCCAGGAAUUGGAUAUCAAAGCUGCUGUAAGGAACAUGAGCGAGGACCUACCUCCAAUAAGCGACAUCGAAGCCAUGUUCGAUCACCUUGUUUCCAGAAUCCCAGACAUAAUUGAACUGGUCAGGCGGCUGAAUGGACGAAAACUCCGGGUAGCUACAAUGUGCUCCGGCACCGAGUCCCCUCUCCUUGCUCUCAACAUGAUCGCAAAAGCAAUCAAAGCUCAGCAUGGCCUUACAUUAGCGUUUGAACACGUUUUCUCUUGUGAGAUUGAACCAUUCAAGCAGGCUUAUAUCGAGCGCAACUUCGCUCCUCCUGUUCUGUUCAGGGAUGUAACUGAACUAGGAAAGAAAAGAGCUCAUACGGCGUAUGGCUCGAUGGUUGAGGUACCUGGUGAUGUUGAUAUUCUCAUCGCUGGUACUUCCUGCGUCGAUUACUCCAAUCUGAAUAACGUCCAACAGGAUAUUGAUGCCAACGGUGAAUCUGGAAGAACUUUUCGUGGCAUGUUACAAUGGGUCAAAAAGCAUCAGCCCCCGAUCGUCAUUUUGGAAAAUGUCUGUAACGCGCCCUGGGAUAGGGUUGUUGAGUACUUUGGACAGAUUGACUAUGACGCCCAGUAUACACGACUUGAUACUAAAGAGUUUUAUAUUCCCCAUACUCGAACUCGAGUUUAUCUUUUUGCUACUCCCUCAUCUCCUGAACCAGAAAAUCUUCCUGAGAAGUGGGCCCAGACCGUGAAAGAUCUUCGUCGCCCAUGGUCUUCCCCAUUUGAAGCAUUCCUACUUCAUACAGAUGAUCCCAACAUACAUCGCGCUCGUCUUGAAUUGGCUUCUGCGCGCGCGCAGGCAGAUGGUACUUCUCGCAAGACUACAGACUGGAACAGAUGCGAAUCAAGACACCAGCGUGCUAGGCAAGAUGAAGCCCUCGGCUUAUUGAGGCCUCUAACUUCCUGGCAAGAAGCGGGUGUGUGUAAGGGGCUGGACUGGACAUGGAAUGACUGGCUCCUUGCUCAGACGGAAAGGGUAGUCGAUCUCUUGGAGAUUUCCACCUUGCGAAUGGCAAAAGACGGUAUUGACUCUGGUUUCAAGGCUUGCAUUUGGAACGUCAGUCAAAACGUUGAUCGACAGACUGGCUCAUCAAAGACAGCUCUUGCCCCUUGCCUGACACCCAACAUGAUUCCCUGGGUCACUAUCCGUGGUGGCCCUGUCACUGGACGCGAGGCUCUAGCUCUUCAAGGCAUCCCCGUUCGAGAGCUCCUUCUUACAAAUGAGAACGAAGAUCAAUUGGCUGAUCUGGCAGGCAAUGCCAUGACCACCACUGUUGUCGGUUCUGCAAUGAUCGCUGCGCUCAAGGUGGCAUGCCACAAGAUCAUUGAGGGCACUAACCCUGGAAAAGAAGCUGCUUUGAUUCUCGAAAAGGAAGCAAUAGACGAUGAGCAAGUUGCUGGCCGGAUCAUCGGCGAAGAUUCUCUCGAGCGUCAUGAUCUCGACCUUGCCAAAGUCUCCAAGUCCAAUCUAUCUGAGAUCCUCGAUCUGGCUUUCCGAAGCUCUAGGCACUGUCAAUGUGAAGGGCAAUCUGGCAUCGUUCCAAACAUACUUGAGUGUCAAGAAUGCAGUUAUCGUGCCUGUAAAUCUUGUGGGGGCAGACCUGAGCAUGUCUAUGCGCCAUGUGCCAGUCAGAGAGUUGAGCCAGCGGAAUUUGAGAAAAUAUUCAAGGGCUUGCUCCCCAUGCGGGUACGGAUUGCUGGCUUAACCGAUCAUUGUCUAAAUGCUGUCAGGAAAGCGGCUGAAAAGUCUAACAGAGGCAGCGUUAGUGAUGUUGAUUGGCAGUUAUGGAGUACAGCGCUUCUAGAAGGAAUACACGAUGCUGAAUUCAGGUUCCGAUAUCUCAAAAGACAAAGCACCUGGACGGCAGUAUAUGAAGCACGCGGUGCUAUGCUUAGUCUUGUCCUUCGCAACCAAAUUCCGGAGUGGCGACUGACCAUCAAGGCACCUCCAUCCGAGCCCAAUAACAGCCAACUUCGAGCUCUUCUUCUUCAUCCGGUAGCUCGACUUCAAAUUGAUAUCGGCGGCCAAGACGUCCUGUGCGGUCCUUGGGAACUUUGUAUCCCCUCUAUGAAGUCUAUCGACAUUGAGAUUACGGGUAAGGGAGAAUUGUUACCUUCUUGGGAAGCUUCGCUUGGUCUCCAAGGUCCCUUCGCCCACACCACUCGAUGGUCCGAACUUGAAAUUUCCCUCCAAGCGGAAGAUGACAAUGCGCUUGACAGAAAACUAUCUGGUACCUAUCAGCUUCUUCCCCGAUGCGGCCAGGCGAUGUCGUCACUUCAUAAGAAGAAGCCCGAUCCUUCAGAAGAUGGUCUCCCUCAGCUCUACUUCUUCCUUGAUCCUACCAGGUGUGGCGAAUCGCGUGAAGACAGAUAUGUAUUUUCUACAAGUACUGAAAGAUUGGACUAUGGAACGGAGCGACCAGUGAUUGCUCGAUUGGAUUCCAAGUGGCGGGAAGGCAAUGAGAAACAGAGAAAGGUGAAGCUGGAUGUCUCUGGCGCAUGGGUGAAAUGUGCCGAAGCCCACCUGACCGCCAUAGGUGGCGAUGAUAUCGCUGUCGUUGCCAAUGAUGCCGGGGCAAACGAAAUCCAUCGUGACAGGGCCACCUAUGCCAUCCCUGCAUCGGCUUCUGCCAUAUCAGCAUCGUUAACAACUAAAGGAUGUUCUCAUGCAAUGGCUCUUCUGUCUUGUCGCGUUCCACUUGAUCCUACUCAUUCGGAGAGUAUGUGGCGACGAGGAGCCUGGGCAGAAAUCGACUUAUCACAUCAAGGCAAUACCACUUUUGCCAAUUUAGCCUGGAUCACCGAGAGAUUGCCUCCGCUUGAUGGGCUAAAAAAUUGGACCCAUAUUACCGACGACGUACCCGAGAAUGUUUGCGAAAGAUGCGCCCCAAGACCACCUAAGAUCCAUUGGAUAAAAAGGGAAGGUAAGACAAACAAAAAGGGAAACAAAACGAAGAGUACCAUCAUUGCGUUCGAAGAUAAGUUAGAAGCUGGGCAGUAUGAGCAUGCUCUCAAGCAUCGACCCUCGCCCUUUGUUGUCCAGCUUAGGCUCGAUGGGGAUAUAGGUUCGUUCCGUAUCGGUCUCAACAUUGUUUCCCUUGCCCACCGUGCACUCUCACGGCUCCCGCCGACCACUUCCGAACAUAAAAUCAGUCUUUCUUGGCGUCUCACUCCUGGCCAUGUGGCCGAAACCUUUCAACCUCGGCGCGUCUUUAUCCUACCAAGCAACAAACAAGAUCCUGAAAACUCUCAACCCGAAGCUUUCAAAUUACCCCUUCGUAAAGAACAAUUGCGAUCUUUGUGGUGGAUGUUAGAACAAGAGAAGGCAGCCGGGAAAACCCAUACGUUUGUUGAAGAAGAGAUUUCUGAGUCCUUGCUUCCUGCUGUAGGGUGGAGAGCAGAGGGUAAGGCUGAGAGGCCAGUCAUGGUCCGCGGAGGUGUCAUUGCGGAUCAAGUUGGUUACGGCAAAACAAUUAUCUCCAUCGCUCUGGUUGCGCAGACCAUGUCCCUUCCUGCACCUGAGCCUGCCCCGCCCGGUUUGAUUGACCUGAAAGCGACGCUUAUUGUUGUGCCUGGUCAUCUUAGUAAACAAUGGCCCAACGAGAUAGCGCGAUUUACCGGCAGCAUGUUCAAAGUUAUUGUCAUUCAGGGGAUGAAAGAUUUACAAGGGAAGACCAUCGCUGAACUCGGCAAAGCUGAUAUCAUCGUCAUGGCAUCAGAAAUCUUCGAGUCCGAUGUCUAUUGGUCUCGAUUCGAGUACCUCUCUGCCCGGCCUCGAGAAUGGCUUAAUGACACCCAGGGUGGACGAUUCUUCUGUGACAGGCUAGAUGCAGCUAUGGAAAGUCUUAUGUCACAGACGGAAAUCUUGAAAGAAAAAGGCAGCGAGGCAGCCAUGAGGGCUAUGGAGGAUAAGAAGAAAAGUUUGGUAGAUAGCGCCGGAGCUAAGAAGGAAGUACACAUUGCCGUUAGCUUCGGCAGAAGAAUGAAAGGACAGGCGUAUAGAGACAAACACAGCAGUGAUUCCAAAGCGAAGCCCAUUACCAAGGAGGAACUUGAGCGGUGGGAAGCUUCCGAAGAUGAAGAUGAUGACGAGGAAAGCAAGACUUACAUCCCUAUACCCAAAUUCCACAGCUUCACCGGUUCAGAAUCAAUUCUCAGUGCUUCGGUCAAAAAGGAUUACAAGUUGCUGCCCAAUCCAGUCCUUCAUAUGUUUCGAUUCCGUCGAGUCAUUGCGGAUGAAUUCACUUAUCUUCAGAAAAAAAGCCUUGCGGCUGUUUUACGCCUUUCUUCUUCAUACCGAUGGAUUCUGUCUGGCACUCCACCUGUCAGCGAUUUUGCAGCAAUUAGAAGUAUCGCAACAUUCAUGGGUAUACACCUUGGCGUGCAGGAUGAUGGCGAGGGCGACGUCCAGUAUCAGAAAGCUCGUGCAAAAGAACAGACCCAAGCCGAGAAAUUCCACGCGUUUAGGGAGAUCCAUUCACGAGCCUGGCAUAAUCGACGGGAUGAACUGGCGCAGGAGUUCUUGAACGUCUUUAUGCGCCAAAAUAUCGCAGAGAUUGAGGAUAUACCCACCGUCGAGCAUAUCCGUACUUUCAAACUGCCAGCUUCAGAAGGUGCCAUAUACCUUGAACUUGAGCAUCAUCUUCAGGCUUUGGAAAUGCAAGCGCGUAAGGAGACGAAGUUUAAGAAUGUUACUCAAGGUGAUCGCAACGCUAGACUUGAAGAGGCCUUGUCCGAUUCGAAGACGGCAGAAGAAGCCUUGCUUAAACGAUGCUGCCAUUUCACCCUUGAUCUGUCUGAUAAGACUCAGGACGCAAAGACUGCCCAAGAAGCCUGUGAUCAUAUCACCAGCGCUCGAGCUAGGCAGUUGCUCGCUUGUCAAGAAGACCUUUCUCGGUCAGUCAACCAGGCAAUAGCUUUGCAUGGAUGGAUUAAGAAGAAGGGAGGAUUUAGCAAGAAUGAUGACGAACGUCAACCAUUUGCUGAGUGGAUUGCAUUUUCCUCCAACAUCUCGAAACAUCAAGGCGACAUCGAAGCUGCACGCAUACUGCUCAACGUGAUAGAGAAGUGUGGUGUGAAGGACGGCAGUAUCCCGCUCUCCCCUUCAGAUAAGCAGUCUCCGUCAAUAGCCAGUGGGGCCAGAAUGGAUGACGUCAAAUGGCAGCUCCGAGAGCAGACCCAUCUUCUCCGUAAACUUGUCAAGGAAUUGGUGGCGAGAGUCAGAUCAUUACGCUUCUUUGAGGUUGUCAGGAAAAUUCAGAAAGGCAAGAGCGAUGCCCAAAUUGUACUUGAAUCUUCGGAAUGUGGACACAAGCCAUCCACCAAUCCGGAUAUCGAAAUGGCUGUUCUGUCUUGCUGUGGUCAUGUCGCCUGCCAUGAGUGCAUGCGUAAGGCAGUGGCUUCUCAACGAUGUGUUAAGUCCGGUGAAUGCCAUGCCGCAGUGCGACCGACCAAUAUGGUCAAGGUCAGCUCGCUGGGCACUGAAGGCGAGCUUUCCUCAGGGCGGUAUGGUGCCAAACUAGAGCAUUUAGUCAAUCUCAUCCAUUCUAUCCCCAAAGAUGAGCGCGUGUUGGUGUUCCUUCAAUGGGAAGACCUCGCAGGCAAGGUGUCUGAAGCUCUGUCUGCAGGCAAAAUUCCACACGUCACGCUAUCCGGUUCUGCCAAGUCACGAGCAAAUACUCUUGAUCGUUUCCAGUCCACGAAUGCCGAUACUGCACGAGUACUGCUCCUCAAGAUGAAUGAUGCAAGCGCCGCUGGAUCUAAUCUGACCACUGCCAACCAUGCUAUCUUCCUCGGCCCCUUGUUCACCAACUCUUUAUUCAACUAUCGCGCCGUAGAAACGCAAGCCAUCGGUCGAGUGCGAAGGUACGGACAGCAGAAAAAAGUUCAUAUUCAUCGACUGUUAGCCCUCGACACCAUUGACAUGACUAUCUUCAACACGAGGAGGGCCGAACUCAAAGAAAAGACAGACUGGGAAGAAAUACCUCAAGAGGAGUACAAAGCCUAGGAGGAGGCUCAUCGAUUAUGAAUACGCACGGAAUCCUCCUGGCCGCGUCCUGAUCAGGCGCGAGAAUCAGUUUAAUUACAUUUAUUAGGCAUGCAUGCACCUAUUAAAGACGCACCUCUUUCACCUC